GUUUGUCAUUGGCAGGCUUGUCUUUGCUGCCUUUUUCCACUUCUUGCAACACUUGCAGAAAACAAAGUCUGAAUCUCAUAUUCCAAACAACAAAUCAUGACGAUGGCUACUAACGGCAUUCAAUUUGACUGCAAUUCAGGUAAUGUUACAUUUUACUUUACCCCAGUCUGCAUACUUUUCUUUGAGUCUAAUUACAUAAACCCUUUCAUUCAUUGUUUUUUAUGGAGAUCCAAAGAAUCAGGAUAAACUAACACAGGGCUUAUUCAAUAAGUCGUGAACUAUUGAAUACAAACCCUUCUGUAACAAACUAUUUAAUUCCCCUACUUUAACCCUUUGUGUCACUAUACCCCACUCCCUCUAGCAUGUAAGCUUAUCGAGCAGGGCCCUCAACCCCCUCUGUUCCUGUACGUCAGUGGUCUGAUCUCAAUUAUGUGUCUGUUAGUCCACCCAUUGUACAGCGCUACGGAAUUUGUCGGCGCUAUAUAAAUAAUAAAAUAAUAAUAAUAAUAAUAGUGAAUUGAAAACUGAAUUGCAAACUUUAAACUAGAAGAAUUGAGCUGGGACUACAGCUGAGUUGGAGAUGCAUUAGUUCUGUAAUUCAGUGGAGUGGAAAUUGACUUACAAAAUUAAGGAAAAAUAGCGGAUUUGUAAAAAUUCUCCAACUCACGUGUUGUUACAGCGUUUCUAUUUUGACAUUUGUAUUUCAAUUCAUUAGAGUUUGGGGUUUAUUGGCUAGCUGAGAUGGAAACAUUUGAACUAUUUGGGUACAUUUUGCAAUUCAGAUUUUAGUUUAGUGCUAAAUAAGUAACACUCUCAGAUUUUGAUCUUUGCAUCCUGUGUAAAAAAUGUUGACAAAGACAUGAAAUCGGAAAAACAAAUCAAGAAUAAUAAUUUGUAUGGCAAGAAAGCUGGAAAGGUCUCUUCUAGAAAUACAUGUGUCACAGUUCAUUUAUUUGAGAUGGUUCGCGAGCGGAAAUUGCACAUUCGCUAUAGUAGUAACAUCUUGUCCAUUCACAAUGCGGGGUUUGCUCACUAAACUGAGUUGUAGUAAAUUGAAAAUUGAAUUGCAAACGUUGAGCUAAAAUAGUCACAAAACCUCCAAAUUGUAGUGAAUUAAACCCAAGAUGGCACAAUUCAGACUGAGUGGGGCUGUAGUGGGGGGUGCUAUUGGACUGUAGUGACAGAUAAUGACUGUAGCAAGGGAAUAGGGGUUAUAGUGGGGGUAUGGCUUUAAAAGUGGGGUUAGGUGCUCUAGUAGGGUAUAAGGGCUGCAAGUGGUGGGAUAGAGGCUGUGGGAGGGAUGUGUAUUAGGGUAGUUAGGAGUAGUAGUAGGAGGGCAGGUGUUGUAGGGGGGACAUGAUAUGACUGUAGAUGGGGAACAGGAGCUGUAAAAGGGGGGCAGGGACUGCAGAAUAAUGAACGUGCUAUAGAGGUGGAAAGGGCUGUAGAGAGAGGGACAGGGGCUCUAGAGGGGGCACAGGGGCUAUAGAGGGAGGUACAGAGGCUGUAGAGGGGGACAGGGGCUGUACAGGUGGGACAGGAGCUGUAGAUUGCAUGGCAGGUGCUGUAGAGGUGGGGCAGGAACUGAAGAGAGAGGGCACGAGCUGUAGAGGGGGCAAAGGGGCUGUAGAGGGAAGGACAGAGGUUGUAGAGGGGGACAGGGGCUGUAGAGGUGGGAUAGGAGCUGUAGAUGGCAUGGCAGGGGCUGUAGAGGGAAGGACAGAGGUUGUAGAGGGGGACAGGGGCUGUAGAGGUGGGAUAGGAGCUGUAGAUGGCAUGGCAGGGGCUGUAGAGGGGAGGACAGAGGUUGUAGAGGGGGACAGGGGCUGUAGAGGUGGGAUAGGAGCUGUAGAUGGCAUGGCAGGGGGCUGUAGAGGGAAGAGGUGGGAGGUUACUGUAGGGAUGGGGGCUGUAGGGUGGGAUAGGAGCUGGAUGGCAUGGCAGGGCUGUAGAGGGAAGGACAGAGGUUGUAGAGGGACAGGGAGGGCUGUAGGGGUGGGAUAGGAGCUGUAGAUGGCAUGGCAGGGGCUGUAGAAGGAAGGAACGAAGGUUGUAGAGGGGACAGGGGCUGUAGAGGUGGGAUAGGAGCUGUGGAGUAGCAUGGCAGGGGGCUGUAGGGGAAGGACAGAGGUUGUAGGGGGACAGGGGCUGUAGAGGGUGGGAUAGGAGCUGUGGAGUGGCAUGGCAGGGGCUGUAGGGGGGGCAGGAGCUGAGAAGAGAGAGUACACACAAGCUGUAGGGGCACAGGAGCUGCUUUAAAAACAAGCAAAAAACCACUUUUUAAAUAAAAAAAUAAAAAACUAAUAAUUAUGAAUGGCACGUUUUAGACCUGUGGCUUUUUAGGGCCCACUUGGAGAUCUAACCCGAGUCAUCAUUCCCUGCGUUCCCUUUUUGCCUCUGCUCUCAUGGCGCCUGGGCGCGGUGUACAUUGUGCACCCACCCACGAUUAAUCCUGUCUACAUUCACAGCCACCGAUAAUGCAAUUAUUAAUUUAUUAUAUUAAAUCUAUAUUUUAAUGCAAAUUUUCUGCAAACCGUUGUUUUAUUUAUUAGUUUGUUUUCCAUGGUUUGCAAUAAUUUUUUUUAAUAGCUGUUUGGAAUGAAAAUAGACUUUUCACAUUAGUAAUUUGAGAAAUGAGAGGUGAGCCAUGGGUGCCUCGGGGCCUUAAAACAUUUCACACAGAACUGGAGACAGACCUGCCAUUGUUACCACAGGAUGUAGAGGUCAUGGUAGUUAAACUGCCCUUUACAGAGUUUAGUUUUUUCUUUUAUUUUCAAGGUUGUGGAAAUUCCCGUCUUUUUUUUUAGAUUCACAACAGAUGGGAUGCAGAAAGGGGAUAUUUUAUUUUCAUUCUGAAGGAGGUCAGGGGAUUGUGGACUCUUUAGCUACAGACUUUCUUUAUAAAGGGACAUCCCCUGGUAUUGUUGGGGGUUCACAGGUCCGGAAGUUGUGGGAAGUCUAAACCCAGAAAUGUUAUGGGAAAUGAAGACCUGAAGCUUGGCCAGCAUCUGGUCUUUUACAAUUAUUUAUGAGACUUUUCAUUGUCAGGUUGCUAUGGAAAACUACAGAAAAUUAUAAUGUUAGCCCUCCUGAAAGGGUAAAUGAUCUCUUUCAGGUCCGAAUGGCCCUAUGCCGAAUGGUGCACAAUCACCUGGUUGCAUAUGUGACCGUUUGGGCUGCACACUAUCUAGUAAAGUCUGGAUUUUGUACUGGUGGCUCCAAAUGAGCUAGAAUUUGGCUGAAAUAUGGCUGAAACCCGGGCAUAGAUGCUUAAAAUCUGGGUCUGUGUUUUGUCUGAAAAAAAUACAAUGUCAGCAAGCGAACAAAUAGUUAAAUAAACUCUCCGCAGCAUGAAGGUUAAGUGAUUUGGCAGCUGACCAAAAACUGCUAACCAGUCUUCACAGUAAAAAGUAAACAAGCAAAAUCCUAUUAUCUUUACAAGUGGUGCUCAGUCUAUGUGUGAAUCCUUUAGUUUCUGUAUAGUUUCUACAGCCUGCAUGCUGGUUUUAAAACUGACACCGAAUACAUCUGGCCAACUGGUGCCGAUUUGGUCAUGAUGACUGAAUUCUAACCAGAAUUUGCUUUAGUAAAUAUCGGAAUGUCCUGUCCGAUGGGAGAUCAUCCAUUUCCAAUGAAUUCAUCCAUUUUUCAGUAUUUAGCGAACAGGUCUGCCUACCUGAACAUGGGGUACAAUAAGGUUCUUCUUGUGGAGCCCCCUAGUUUCUAGAAUAAUCUAGGAUCCUUUAUUAAAUACAAUAUGUGUCUGUACAUGUUAUUACUUGUUUCACAAAAGAAAGCAUAUUCCAUAUUGUAAAGGAAGUCUAGAAGGGCUUGUGACUUAUUAACUGUGAGUGCAAUCAACAUUUGAAAUGUGGUUAAACCAAAAUUUUACUUUACUCCGUAUUCAUUACUCAAAUGAGGCAUCAGUUUUUUUGUUUGUUUUGUUAAGAGACUACUACACAUAGAGCCAAACUAGGAGGCUCUAGCAUUGUGAGUAUAAAUUUAUAUACGUACGGAUAUUAUGACACAACAAUGUGUUUGCAUAUUUUUUUCAGUUGAAGCAUUCCAGACUCCCACGCAUUUGGCACAGUGUGUAGAUUAUAUUAGGUUACACCUAGUUUCUACUUUUUAUUAUAUUAUUUAUCUUUCAAUCUUUUAUUCUAUGGUUUCAUCCCCAAGCUCACUUUUUCUUCAUUCACAACUUCCAGUGUUUUCUCGUUUGCUCUAAUAUUACUGAAGCUCAAGGGGUCAGACUAGACCAGAGUGAGCCUGGACAGGUGACUGAGUAGGGCUAGGCUGUUUAGAUCUUAGUCUGUGUGUAAGGGGAGGCGUCAGUGGGCAUAGGUAGUGGUAAGGUAGAAGGGGUCUGUGGUCAUUUUAGCUUUAGACAAUUUCUCGUUUACGCCAAUAAAACUGAUGCACAGCAGUUAUAACAUUCUGUGAGUUACAGCUUAGCUGAUUUUUCUAUAGUAAAUAGCUUACAACAGAACUUAUUUUAAUUCCCUCAGAAGCAUCUUAUAAAUAAGCUCAACAGUGCUUUACGUAGUUACGUGGGCUCAAUUCGACUGGAUUCACUUCCUGGUCUGUGAAAAGCUCACUGCAGAUGCUACAAGGCCUAUAAUAUUUGUUGUAUUUAACUUAUAUUUUUGCUUAAAUAUUUUUAAUGCAUUCAAAUAAAAUAAUGGUUGAACUACAGCCUGCAGUGUUUUUUAAAGUGUUGUGAAGCACAGAGAAUAGAGAAGAAUAUAGAAAAAUUAAAGAAAUUUAAGUAUAAAUCUUACAUGUCAGAGAUUUGGCAAACAGUUUUCACACAGAUCUAGGAAUUUGGAAUGUACUUACUUUAAACCUUUAUACAUGUAUUUGAAUCAGAAUCAUUCUCUCCAUUGUAUGGAUCCAGUGGAUCAAUUUAGAAUUUAAAGAACUUUUCUUACAAGGCAAAAUAUGUUUAAGUUCAAGCAUUUUUAAAAGUGAACCUGUCCUGACGGGUUCACUUUAAAGGGACACUAUAGUCACCAGAACAACUACAGCUUAAUGUAGUUGUUCUGGUUAGUAUAGUCAGUCCCUGCAGGCCACUAGAGGUUCAGUGUUUCCACACUCUGCAUGGAGACGCUGAACUUUCCCAUGGAGAUGGAUUUAUUCAAUGCAUCUUUAUCAGGAGGUGCUGAUUGCCCACGCCAGCAUUUGGCCCUGCCCCUGUCCCGCCUCCUUGACGAUCUCAGCCAAUCCAAUGAUUUUCCUAUGGGAUCAAUUCUGAUGUCAGUCAAGGAGGCGAAUCGGGGGCAGGGCCAGCACCAGUGCUGAAAAUAAGUUAAGUGUUAUUACCUUUUAAGCAACCUAAGUAAAGGAACAUAAAGGAACACUAUAGGGACAGGGACACAAAGUGUAUUCCUGACUAGACAUGUGCGAUUCGCAAUUCGGACAUUUGGAUGCUUCAGAAUGUCUGAAUUGCCGAAUUUCAGAAGUGCCGAAUUUCGCAAGUGCCAAAGUGCUUCAGAUUUUGAAAAGUUGCAAAACAGGAGAAGGAGGGAAAAUUAUGGGAAUGAUGACAGGAAUCUAACCCAACCCCUGACCCCUAACUCUAACCUUACCCCUAACAGUAUCCCUAACCCUACCUCUAAAGACUAUUUAAAAGAAGAAAAACUACCACAACAAGAGGACAUAGUCUUAAAUUAGAGGGGCAAAGGUUUAAAAAUAAUAUCAGGAAGUAUUACUUUACUGAGAGGGUAGUGGAUGCAUUGAAUGGCCUUCCAGCUAAAGUGGUAGAGGUUAACACAGUAAAGGAGUUUAACCCCUUAAGGACACAUGACAUGUGUGACAUGUCAUGAUUCCCUUUUAUUCCAGAAGUUUGGUCCUUAAGGGGUUAAGCAUGCAUGGGAUAGACAUAAGGCUAUCCUAACUAUGAGAUAAGGCCAGGGACUAAUGAAAGUAUUUAGAAAAUUGGGCAGACUAGAUGGGCCGAAAGGUUCUUAUGUGCCGUCACAUUCUAUGUUUCUAUGUAUUUAUGGGUACUCUAUGGGUUGUGGACAAUUGUAAUUAGUAAUAAUGGCAUACAUUACAUACAAUAUAUGUAUUAUGAAGGCUGGAAAGCUGAGAAAAGCUGACAGUUUUUGGCAUGGUGGCAAAUAUGGUUUAUAUACAUCAUAUAUCCAUACAACAUCUAUCAAAUAUGACCUUCUCCUGCAUUUAGUAUUAAAAGAACACUAUAGUGCCAGGAAAACAAACUUGUUUUCCUGGCACUAUGUAGUCCUUAGGUCCCUCCCACCCUCAUGGCCCCCCUCCCGCUGAACUGAAGGGGUUAAAACCCCUUCAGCCACUUACCUUUAUCUAGCGCCAGGCUCCCUUGGCACUGGUGACCUCUCCUCCCCCUCCGACGUUGGCUCCUGAGUGGAGCCGAAUGCGCAUGCGCGGCCAGAGCCGCGCGCACAUUAAAAUUGCCCAUAGGAAAGCAUUACUCAAUGUUUUCCUAUGGACAUCAGUGUCUUCUUACAGUGAGAAUCACAGUGACAAUCACAGAAGCGGCCUAUAAUGGCUGUCAGUGUGACAGCCACUAGAGGCUGAAUUAACCCAGCAGUGUAAACAUAGCAGUUUCUGUGAAACUGCUAUGUUUUCAGCUGCAGGGUUAAAACUAAAGGGACCUGGCACCCAGACCACUUCAUUGAGCUGAAGUGGUCUGGGUGCCUAUACUGGUCCUUUAAGAAGGUUCAGUGAGGUCACCGCACAACACCUCUGAUAGUUAGUGGUCCCUGCCUCCUUGCUGGCCUUCACUUGCCUGGAACCCUAGCAACUUGCAUUCAACUUGAUAUUCAAAAAAUGUACAAUCCACAAUAUAGUUUUUGCAAUUUGACUAUACUAAGCUCUAUCUUGGUUGUACCUUUUUCGUUUUUAAAAAAAAAAAUGUUUUAUUGAGAUUAUACAAAGUAAUAAAAAAAUACAAGUUUUGUAGUUGUUUGUUACAUUGUCUGUUUCUUUUUCAUAGAAGUGUAUUACCUCCUGCCUGGUGUAAAAAAUGGGAUUCUUUGCUUUGUCAGUACGUAUCAAUACUUAUAAGGUCUCUGAUUUUACAAUGCACUAAAGAAUUGUAUCAGAUUAUGGCCUCAAUUUAAUAUUUAUUGAUAGGAUUUUGCAAUGGUUUAAUAUUUGGAUUCUGAAUUGAAUAAAACAAAUUAUUCAGUUGACAAACACAUAUUUGAAACAUUUACCUUUUCCUCUCUUUUUUAAAAUAAAACCCACAACCAGUUUGAAUAGUGCAAACAUAAAUUUUUACUGCAAAAAAAUAUUCUUGUAAAUAACUGUAAAAAAUGUCAAAUUUCCCCAGAGACCACUUUUUAAUAUAAUUUCAGAAAAGAGUGCAACCCAUACCAACUAUACAAAAAAAUCUGGACUGGAUUUAUAGCAUGAGUACCCGUAGACAGAGUUUUCUAGUGCCAAACCUCUCCGAACUCAAGAAUAAAAAAAACAAACCUGACCCAUACAGACUGACACACUGACCCAUACAGACUGACACACUGACCCAUGCAGACAGACACACUGACCCAUGCAGACAGACACACUGACUGAUACAGACAGACACACUGACCCAUAUAGACUGACACACUGACCCAUACAGACAGACACACUGACCCAUACAGGCAGACACACUGACCCAUACAGACAGUGACACUGACCCAUACAGACAGUGACACUGACCCAUACAGACUUUUUAGGAAGAGCAGGCACCUGUUUACCUUGAUGGCAAGCGCCUGCUCUAGCGAGAAAUACUGGAGGAGAGGGGGACAGGAGGCAGGCCGCGACAAUGUGGGUUGCGAGGGAGGCUGUUCUCGCAGCUUUCCACUACUCCCUCACGCGCCCUCUUUCAUGCCGGGAGUCGGAAUAUGACAUUAUUCCGGCCCCGGCAUACUAAACAGCACACUGGAGGAGUGAGAAGCGGCACCACACUGGACCCCAAUUAAAUUAAAUUGUGUGAGUCUGUGUGUAAGUGAGUGUGUGUUUGACUGUCAGUGAGUGAGUGUAUGUCUGUGUGUGUGUGUCAGUGAGUGAGUGUAUGUCUGUCAGUGAGUGUGUAUCUGUCUGUCAGUGAGUGUGUGUCUUUGUGUGUCUGUCAGUAAGUGUAUGUCUGUGAGUGUUUGUGUCUGUCAGUGACUGAGUAUGUGUCUGAAAGUGAGUGUGUGUUUGUCAGUGAGUAUGUCUGUCAGUGAGUUUCUGUCAGUGAGUGUGUCUGUCAGUGUGUGUGCUCGUCUGUGCUAGUCUUAUAAAUUAAAUUCACCAAAUGCAUUGAAUACAUAAUUUAUCACAGAGAUACAUUAUGUAUUCAAUGUACAAUAUAUGUAUUAGGUAGUAUGUGUGUAUGGAUGCAUGCUUUAGGCAGUAUGUGUGUAUGGAUGUAGGUAUUAGGCAGUAUGUGUGUAUGGAUGUGCGCAAUGCGCAUUAAGCAGUAUGUGUAUAUGGAUUACGCAAUAAGCAGUAUGUGUGUAUGGAUUUACGCAUUAAGCAGUAUGUGUGUAUGGAUGCACGCAGGGCCGCCACCAGAAAUUUUGGGGCCACUAACUCAGCUCAGGGUCUGGUCCCCUUGGGGCCUGCCUCCAAAUACCGCCCACAGGGUCCGCCUUCAAAUACCGCCCACAGGAAUACACACAGACACAAACACACACACUGAUACAAAAGGACACAGAUACAUACUAACAGACACACAUACUGAAACAGACAUAGACGCAUACAGGCAUACAUACUGACACACACAUACUGAGACAUACACACAUAUAGAGACACACAGGCAUACAUAGUGACAGACAGACACAUACUAACAUACAUACAGACACACAUACAUGACGACAUAAAGACAUAUACAUACAUACACACUGACAUACAUACAGACACCAACAUACAUACACACAUACAUACACACAUACAGACACUGACAUCCAUACACACAUACAUUAAUAAUGGCAUACAGACAUUCACAGACAUACAUUCAUAAUGGCAUGCAUACAUACAUACAUACAGACUGACAAACAUGCAUAUAUACAGACAUACUGACAGACAGACAUACAUACUGACAUACAUGCAUACAGACAUCCACACACACAUACACACAGACAUACGUUCAUAAUGAUAUGCAGACAUACAUUCAUACAGACAUACAUAUAUACAUACAUAAUGACAUACAGACAUACAAUGAUACUGGCAUACAUACAUACAUGCAAACAUACAUUCAUAUAUACAUACAUACAGACAGACAUACAUGCAUACAUAUAUACAUACAUACUGACAGACAUACAGACAUACAUUGAUACUUGCAUACAUACAUACAGACAUAUACAUACAUACUGACAGACAUAUACACAUACAGACAUACUGACAGACAUACAUAAUGACAUACAUUGAUACAUGCAUACAUACAUACAGACAUACAUUCAUAAUGACAUACAGACAUACAUAUAUACAUAUAUAGACAUACAUACAUACAUAGACAUACAUAAAUAGACAUGCAUGCACGCACAUAGACAUACAUGCAUACAGACAUACAUACAGACAUACAUACAAACACACAGCUCAUUUUCCAGCCACCCUCCUGUUUCUUACCUUUUCUUUGCAGGAGGGUGGCUGGGGCUGUGUGGCUCUCCCUCACUGCCGGGUGCAUGCUCGUCCCACGCGGAGUGAGCUAGAAGGAAGUUACCACUUCCUCCCAGCAGCACUUGCUGCGGCUGCUUUUUUUUUGUUUUUAUUUUUUAAAGGGGCCCGGUCGCGCUAUACCAUGGCCACAGCGCUGACCGGGCCCAUGAAGAUAUAGUGCCCAUCGGGUGGCCCUAAGUGCAUGGGCCACCCAAUGGGCCUCAUCAGCGUUAUGGUUGUCACCCCCUGAUGGCGGCCCUGGAUGCAUGUAUUACGCAGCAUGUGUGUAUGAAUGUAGGUAUUAGGCAGUAUGUGUGUAUGAAUGUCGGUAUUAAGCAGUAUGUAUGUAAGGAUGCAUGUAUUAGGCAGUAUGUGUGUAUGGAUGUAGGUAUUAAGCAGUAUGUGUGUAAGGAUGCAUGUUUUAGGCAGUAUGUGUGUAUGGAUGUAGGUAUUAAGCAGUAUGUGUGUAAGGAUGCAUGUAUUAGGCAGUAUGUGUGUAUGAAUGGAUGUAUUCGGCAGUGUGUGUUUAUGGAUGUACACAUUAAGCAGUGUGUGUUUAUGGAUGUACACAUUAAGCAGUGUGUGUUUAUGGAUGUACACAUUAAGCAGUGUGUGUUUAUGGAUGUACACAUUAAGCAGUGUGUGUUUAUGGAUGUACACAUUAAGCAGUGUGUGUUUAUGGAUGUACACAUUAAGCAGUGUGUGUUAAUGGAUGGAUGUAUUAGGCAGUGUGUGUGGAUGUAGGUAUUAAGCAGUAUGUGUGUAUGGAUGUACGCAUUAGGCAGUAUGUGUAUAUUUUGCAACUAUUAACUAAAAUAAUAUUCAUGACUAAAUGUCAUACGUGUUCUGAUUUUAGGAUGUUUGAUGGCUCUCAUUAACGUUUGUUUUUAUCGGUUGUGAUUACAGAAUCUGAAUUACAGUGUGAUUCUUGGGCAAAGUCGAAAAACACUGUGCAAGCCGUUAUCUUAAACUAUUUCAAAGAGGCUCUUGAAGCUCACCCUGAAGAUUUCAGUGGAGAUGUAGCCACAUUUAAGAAAGAGUAUGACAAAGGUAAAUAAAACAAGAAUUGUCUAUUUGCCUGUUAAAGUUAUAGUUCCAGGCUGGCGUAAAAGGAAUACUCCAAGCACCAGAAUCGCAAUAGCUCAACUAUAUUGGUGUCAUGAAGAACCAAUUCAGUAGAGCAUGUUGAAAUCCUCCAAGGCAGCCGCUAGUAACUGAAUGUUAUCUGAUUUUCUCUGCCCCCCACCUAGGUAGCAUGGUAUGGUCCACUCACAGGCCAAUGAAUAGGCCAGUCGAUGAGUUGCAUGUAGGCAGAUGUGAUGUCUGCCAUCACAUGUUUGGAUUCACAAUGUUGUCUAACUAAAAGUAAAAAAAAACUGAUGGAACUCUGGGUCAAGGCUCUGCAACAUAUAAAGUGACUCAAUCAAUGGAAGAUACCCCUGCCAAUGACAUUACUUUUUUCUUGUAAAUGAAUCCCAGUAUUGUAACAAGAUAUUCGGAAUAUCAUUCACAUGAAUAGCUAAGGAACGAAUUCUCCCUACCUUGCCUCUCUCUUUCUUAACCACACGCAGAUCAUGCCUUUCCAAUCCUUCAGACUUUCUCCCCAGCUACUGAACAAGAAGUGGAUGCGCUUCUCCUUUCCUCUUGCCCCACCACUUGCCCACUUGAUCCAGUCCCAUCACCUUAUCAGGUCUCUCUCCCCUUGUCUUGUGCCUUCCUAACACACAUCUUCAACUGCUCUCUCUCUUCUGGCGUUGUCCCUACUGACCUUAAACAUGCCACUGUUGUACCCAUCCUGAAAAAAAACAGCUCUUGAGCCGUCCUCCCCCUCCUUCAAUCGUCCCAUCUCCCUGCUGUCUUUUUCCUCAAAGCUUCUGGAAACACUUGUCUUUACCUGUAUGUCUCAUUUCCCCAAUUCCAACUCUCUCCUUGACCCUCUUCAAAUUGGCUUCCACACCCUCCACUCUACUGAGACUGCUCUGAAAAAAACCCAGCUCUUGAGCCGUCCUCCCCCUCCUUCUAUCGUACCAUCUCCCUGCUCCCUUUUUCCUCAAAGCUUCUGGAAAGACUUGUCAUUACCCAUAUGUCUCAUUUCCUCAAUUCUAACUCUCUCCUUGACCCUCUUCAAUUUGGCUUCAGCGCCCUCCACUCUACUGAGACUGCUCUUAUGAAAGUUAUUAACAACCUAAUCGCAGCUAAAUCUAAAGGCCCCUAUUCAAUUCUAAUUCUUCUUGACCUCUCUGCUGCUGUCUUGCAAUGUGUCACUGCUUGCCUUUCUUUAUUUUAUCUACUGAUCCUCCUCUUUCGCUCUCCCUUCAAGUUAGUGGUAUCCACAUUAGUCUAUCCUUGCAAGUGCGCUGUCUUGGCGUUAUACUUGAUUCUGGCUUCACCUGUGAGCCUCAUAUCCAGUAUGUUACCAAAUCCAGUAGAUUUGGCACCCAUCCCUGUCUUAUGCAAGAUGCUACUGAGGAGAUUGUCCAUGCUCUAGCAUGGAUUGACCAUUUCUUGCAUGGAUUGUAACCCUCUCCUAAUUGGUCUUCUCAAAAGCUGUAUUGCCCCGCUACAGUCUGUAAUGAAUGCUGCCGCCAGACUGAUUUUCCUCUCCAGUCAGUCCUCUCACACCGCAACCCUCUGUCAGUCCUUACAUUGGCUUCAUAUAUCCUACAGGAGUCAAUUGAAAGUACUAAUCCAUACAUAUAAAGCAUUGAACAAUUCUGGCACCUCUUAUAUCUCCUCACAGAUCUAUAGGUAUGCCCCUUCUCUGUCUCUCCGCUCUGCCCAUGACCUUGCCCCGUUUGGCCAACUCAUGGACUUCUCGCGGUCGGCUCUCUUCCUAUGGAAUAGCCUGUCUACCACCAUCAGACUCUCCUCUAGUCUUCAAUUGUUUAAGAACUGCCUUAAAACCCAUCUAUUUAUGAAAGCUUAUGGUCCCCUCGGAGUAACCCCAACCUCACAUACCUGUCUCUGGAUUUCUCCUAAAUGGCAGCACUCUACGCUCUCCUCAAGCUCUGCUUCUCUCCCACCAUAUAUGAAUGCUAGCUCCUGUCCUAUUGUAUUUCAUACCCCACCUCCUAUAGCAGGGGUAGGCAACCUACGGCACUAGUGCCAUGCACGGCACUCGAUGUGUCUUUGCACGGCACUCAAGGCUGCUAGAGCCAAACGCACUCUGGCCUAUCAGGAGUCCCAGUAAGGCUUCAGAUAUCUGCUAAUACGAAGAGGUGGUGAAGGAAAAACCUCAAUUUAUGCAUUGCAGCACAUAGAGGAAGUGAUCUCAGAUCACUUCCUCCCAGCACUUGUGAAUGGGAAUGGGAAUCCACACAGUAGUAGAGCAGCCCUCGACAGCUAUCGCAGCUCCUGUCCUUGACCUGUGCCUGGCCAGCCUGGUCCCCACUGGAACCCAGGGAACCCACCCACACUGCUAGAUAUACACAGAAAUGUAGAAUAACCCUCCCCUCAUACAAAUAAUAUGAACAGCCCACACACACACAACACACAACACACAAUCCCCACAAACACAACUCCACUAACAAUAUACAUACAUGCACACAACUCCACAUGCGGCCUCUCACAUGCAAUACCCCAAACAGCCCCCACACACUACCAAACACAUAAUGUGACAUAUCCAUCCACACACAAUUCCACAAGCAGCCCUCAUACACAGCCCACAUUCAUAUAUAUCAUACACGAUACCAUAAACUGCUAAUGAACAUAUACAAUAUAAUAGCUCAUAUACGCACAAAUACAACGUAAUCUCAUAUACAAAGCAAUUACAGUAAAAAUAACACAAGCAGAAUACGGCAGCAUACACACCUCAAUUUAAAAAAAUAGGAUCGGCACGCUACGGGACAUCACAAUCCCAUAUCGGCACAGUGCUGCUAAAAGGUUCCCUACCCCUGUCCUAUAGACUGUAAGCUUGUUUGAGCAGGGCCCUCUUCAACCUAUCGUUCCUGUAAGUGUUUUGUAAUUGUCCUAUUUAUAGUUAAAUCGCUCCCUUCUUUUAAUAUUGUAAAGCGCUACGGAAUCUGUUGGUGCUAUAUAAAUGCCAAUAAUAAUAACAAUUAGAUCUGUUUUUUUAAUAUUUAUUAUCCUAUGGUACAUACUGAGACAUGUACAUUUCUAUUAUAUGUUUCAAGAUGUUUAAUUAAUCCUGUGAAUUUUUUUUAAACAUUUAUUUACUAAAGAAUUUAUUCCAUUUUAAUGUUGUUAAAUAUAGAUUUUGCACAUUUUUUUUUAAUAGGUGAUACAUUGAGAGAUUCCAAUUGUUAGCUUGUCUUUUUCCCUUUACACUGAAACGAGACAGGUGUAAGUUUUAAUAAAAAGGUGACAAGCAUGUAAAGGAGCCCAUAAUUAUUAUAUUAUAUUAUUUUUCUCUGUUAUUGUAUUUUUAAUCUAUUGGUAUGUAAUCUCAUAUAGUCAUAUUUUACUACAAUUUAAGAUUAGUGACACUUGUUGAUGUUGUACAUUAACUGUAUUUCCUAGAUUGCAAAUAAAUAGCUAAAAAAAAAAGCUUGUUUCCCUGCAGAUCGAGCGUGUUUUAAACUGCUAAUUUACAGAGAUACAUUGUGUAAAGGAUUUUCAGUGGCAUUUACCAUCACAAUUCUAAACAAGACGUACUACUUAUCCUGCAUAAACACGAAAGAGCUUCGCUUCAAGGUAAUACAAUUCUACACUAGCACAACUAUCAAUUUAACCAGUUCAAAUCUUAGCAAGGAAAGGAAAGGGAUUUAGGGGUGAUUAUUUCAGAUGACUUAAAGGUAGGCAGACAAUGUAAUAGAGCAACAGGAAAUGCUAGCAGAAUUCUUGGUUGUAUAGGUAGAGGUAUUAGCAGUAGAAAGAGGGAAGUGCUCAUGCCAUUAUACAGAACACUGGUGUGACCUCACUUGGAGUAUUGCACACAGUACUGGAGACCGUAUCUUCAGAAUUACAUUGAUAGGGCUACUAAACUGGUUCAUGUAUUGCAGAAACUUACCAGGAAAGGUUAAAGGAACUUAACAUGUAUAGCUUGGAGGAAAGACAAGACGGGGGGGAUAUGAUAGAAAUAUUUAAAUACCUAAAGGGAAUCAACACAGUAAAGGAGGAGACUAUAUUUAAAAGAAGAAAACAACAAGAGGACAUAGUCUUAAAUUAGAGGGACAAAGGUUUAAAAAUAAUAUCAGGAAGUAUUACUUUACCGAGAGGAUAGUGGAUGCAUGGAAUAGCCUUCCAGCUGAAGUGGUAGAUGUUAACACAGUAAAGGAUUUUAAGCAUGCGUGGGAUAGGCAUAAGGCUCUCCUUACUAUAAGAUAAGGCCAGGGACUAAUGAAAGUAUUUAGAAAAUUGGGCAGACUAGAUGGGCCGAAUGGUUCUUAUCUCCCUUCACAUUCUAUCUUUCUAUGUUUCUAAGAAAGCAGAAGAUGGUACCUUGUACUUAAUUUCAAUGGAAACCUUCCCUCAUUCUCUCUAUACGUUGUGUGCUAAUAUAUAGAUACCGCAACUAAAGGCUUUCAAAAUUACAUUGUUCCCAUGUCAGUCAUACUAACAGCAUCGUCUUUGUGCCAAUGUUUGUUGGCAAGAGAACAUCCCUACAGGCUAUUAUCUUGCCUGGCAUCAAUGUUUAUAAGACACAUGCAAUACAAGCACAUAUUUUUUUUCCCCAUGAAUAAGCUGGAAACAUGUAAGGGAGAUCGGCAGGACACAUGACGUGCUAUUUGGGCUGAUGUGCUGGCAAAGAAAUCAGCACAUCACCAUCAUCAGACGGGCUGUACCAGACAUUUGUAAAGAGUUUUAAUGUUUCCCAAAGAGGGGCUGAUGAAUGAGAGAAGGUUUCUGCCCACGAACAGGGACUAAUAUUCGUGGCUCAGGAGAUGAAUAUAGUGAAUAGAUGAUAUUGACACAUAGCAGGAAUGUGAAAAAAACAACAACUUUAUUUGGAUACUAGACAUGCAAAUAAACAGGCAAAAGCAAAAAAAAUAAAAAUAAACGACAGGAUCAAUGUAAUGAUAGUUUCCAUAAAACUACUAGUGAUUAGGUAUCCCUGCAUUACAGACUUUAUUCCCCACUUCACUCGUGCGUACUGAGAUCUGGAUAGGGUAUUGUGAUGUGAAGAUAAAAGGAAACACAAAUCUAUAUAUAAAGACAGACAGACACAGAUAGAUAGAGAGAAAGAUAUAAAGACAGGAGGAGGGACAGACGGACAUGUGGACAGACGAGUGACUGGAUAGACAGACAGACGGAAGGACAGGCAGACGGGUGGAUGAACAGAGGAAUGGGUGGACAAACACACAGGUAGAUGGAGCAAGUAUGAAAGGUAGAUGGACAGACAGACAGAUGGAUAGACAGACAGAUUACACCUAAACAAUGAGCUGCUAUAUAAUUUAGAGACAUCUACAUACUAAUAAACACAUAUUGCUUCUUUUAUCUUUCUUCAAUUUCAGGAAGGAGACCCACCCCAAAAAAUUGAUGGGAGCACAAGUGAUGUCAUCUUCUACCAGAAAAACGCUUCUAAAGGAGAUCCAAGUAGCUUUGUGUUUGAGUCUGCAUUAGGCCAAGGAUACUUCCUUGCUUUCAAGAACGAAGAUGGUAAACACAAGCUGACACUGAAAAGACCUGAAGAUCAAGUAGAUGAAAGAACACAUUUUCGGACUGUGUCUAAAAAGAGUUGAUCAUAAAUCUAUAGUUAUGGGUGGUACUCAGCAUACGUCAGACAAGGAAUCGUGGGUUUGACUGCAAGGCCUAUUUGCUAAUGGGCACUAUUAACAUUUUAUCACAUUGAAUUGCAUCUCCAAGCAGCCCAAUAACAAAGACUCUAUAGGCAUUUGGCAAUUGUUUUUUAUGGAGGAUCUGUUUCUUAAAGCCAGAACUGGAUCUUGCUAGGACUUCUUUGAUGCAAGCAUUUCCCACCACGUUACAUUUUAUUCAAACUAAUUAAAAACCCUCCAAGUAUCAUAUCCGCUAUUUUUCUUCAAUAACACCUGUGACGAAGUGCCCUUCGCCACUUCUGCCUGGAGAGGCUUAAUUGCCAGCCUCCUGCCAUGUGACUAUGGUCCCUGGGAGACUUUGCCAGUUAAAAAGACUACUUGGGCUUAUUGGCUUUUAAAAGACUGUUUCUGCCCUUUGAUUCCAUGGGAGCAUGUGUCUCUUCCCCUCCCCCUCUUAUACCUAUACCAUUGUUCUCCAGCAGGGCAUUGUCCCAGGGACACUGCCAAACCAGUUGAAGCAAGCUGUUUUGUCACAAAUAGGACUUUUACCUAACUUUUGAACUACUGGAGGGAAUUGUAUGAUUUUUGGCUAUGUUUAUAAUUAAAGUGUGCUGAGUUCGAAUAUGUGGCAUGUAUAUGUGGCAUGUUUGUGGCAUGUAUAUUUUGGAAGUUAUUAAUAUGUUGCAUAAAGUGUAUUUGUCCUGCCUGUGAUAAAUCACAUUAACCCAUUGUGUUCAGUAAUUAUAUCACAGGCAGAGGGGAGGGAUUGUUUGUUGGUGCUGGGUGUGUUUUACGGUUUGCCCCUAAAGGAUUGGUUGUACUGUGUCCCACCCUGUGGGAUGUCCCCUUGCAUGGGGACUUGCAUAAAAGCCAGUGUGUGGUCAUUAAAAUCAGAUCAUCUUGUACCUUUCUUGAAACCUUGGCUCAUGUUUGGGGGAAGGGAUACCUACACUCUGGGGAUUGCUAUAAUCACU